GAAGGGUGCAGAAGGAAUCCGCAAGCUUAUUUGGACUUGUAUGGUGCAGAGCGGUGCAGAAGGAAUCCACAAGCUUAUUUGGACUUGUAUGGUGCAGAGCGGUGCAGAAGGAAUCCACAAGCUUAUUUGGACUUGUAUGGUGCAGAAGGGUGCAGAAGGAAUCCGCAAGCUUAUUUGGACUUGUAUGGUGCAGAGCGGUGCAGAAGGAAUCCACAAGCUUAUUUGGACUUGUAUGGUGCAGAGCGGUGCAGAAGGAAUCCACAAGCUUAUUUGGACUUG